CCGGUCUUGGUGAGUUCAGGAUUCGGGAUUUGAACGAUGAGAUCAAUAAACUCCUCAGAGAGAAAGGUCACUGGGAGUAUCGGAUCAGAGAGCUGGGAGGACCAGAUUACCACCGUAUUGGACCCAGGAUGUUGGACCAUGAGGGGAAGGAAGUUCCAGGAAACCGAGGAUAUAAAUAUUUUGGAGCAGCCAGGGACCUGCCAGGAGUGAGGGAACUGUUUGAGUCUGAGCCUGCCCCAGCCGCCAGGAAAAGCAGAGCAGAGCUGAUGAAAGAAGUGGACGCGGAGUAUUAUGGGUACAGAGACGAAGACGAUGGAGUUCUGGUUCCUUUGGAAACGCAGUAUGAAAAACAAGGUGUGGUUAUUUGCCUUCUCCUCCUCAUCCGGGUGGUUCCG